GAAAACCCCUACUUGCAAAACGCAACCCCUUUCAACAACGCCUCUGACUUAUGCAACAGCACGCACACACACUCACACACUCGCACACUGGGCUGCAUACUUUCCGGCAAAUUUCUGUAAAUUCUGUUUCACACUACUUUAAAAAUAUAUUGUAUUUUUUCAAUUAUUUGUAGUUGUUAUUUACAAAUAAUGAAUGGGUUAAACAGUUAUGAAAUUACUCUUAUGGAUAUAGCAUUAAUUUGUGGAAAACAAAUAGUAUCCUUAAAAUGGUUACAUAUUUCGAAGCAACUUAGGGUCCAGUAGGCCCUUAACCAGAUGUCACCAAUGUCACUAUUUGCCAACAACCACGUUUUCACAGGAAUUAUACAAAUCGAGAAGUUUUACGGAAAUUAAAUGAAUAAACUGUUUGUUACUCAAAAUCGUUCAUAUAGUGAAAUCUUUUACUAUGGACUUGGACUUGGAUCUGAAUAGCCCGAAUUGUCUCUCAAAUCUGAGAAAACAGCUGGAGAUCCACGAAACCCAGAUUGCGGAGCUAAAGAGGGGUUUGGAAAAGGCAGAGUUCCAGAUCGAGACCCAGCGCUUGGAGCUGUUAAUGGUUCAGUUCUAUGUGGACAUAUUCAGGACCGAAAUAUCCCUGAGUCCGCUGCCCCAUGACCAGUUGCAGCCCAAUCCCCGCGAAGGAUCCCGGUCCCCCGUGGCCCGACCCCUCGCACGUGUGCAACGGCCUGACCUUCUACAAAUGCUCGGACGUAACCCGCCUGAGGAAGGAACAGGACCGUCGAAGUUCCGCCACCCGAGGCAAUCUGAGGUCCAUUAGCUGCAACCGCUUGGUGGCGGUUAUCACAUCCAUCUACUCCCGGAAUCGGGAUGGUCAAAAUAUUCAUAUCUCCAAAGCAGGACUUUUCCCGUCCGUGUCUUGUCUAAACUAAUGUUAAAAAAUAUUUUAAUUAUGAAUAUGGACCGCACUUACAACAGCAAUCAAAUUUGCAGCAGCCCGUCCAAAAUUCAAACUAAUAUAUCGAAAUCAUAACUUUUGGCAAAUGUUCUGAAAUUAACUAAAAUUUAAACUUUUGUUGAAGAACUUGUUCGGCAUUUUAUAGAAACAGAACACGCACAAAUGUGAAUUGACUUUAUGAAAUGUGAAACCCACAACUUGCUUAAGUUUUUGAAAACGUAAAACUCAAUAAACGUAAUUAGAAAACAUU